GACAAUUAUCACAAAUAUUGCUACAGACACAACCCUGAAAUCAAUUGCAACAAACAAGCUGAUCAAGCUAAACUAAUUGAAAUUCAGAAAAAUUUGGAAUCUUUGGAUCACAAUGACAAACAAAACAUUUCUCACAUUUGGUCAAUCUUUUCUGCUGCUCCAUCUAAGCAGAAAAAUCUAAUUUUACAAGGAAUUCUUUCAAUGUGCUGCUUCUAUCAAUUGAGUUACAUCAGCGAAGAAAUUUCAAAUCUAAUCAAAAUCGACUUUAUUUCAACCUUACCAGUCCAAAUCUCCUUGAAAAUUCUAUCCUAUCUCGACUGCGCUUCUCUUUGCAACGCUGCUCAAGUCUCCAAAAACUGGAAAAGAUUAGCUGAUGACGACCAAGUUUGGCACCAUAUGUGUAAACAGCACAUCGAUAGAAAAUGCCCCAACUGUGGAUGGGGUUUGCCUUUAAUGCAUAUGAAAAGAGCAAGACAAUAUGACCAAGUGCAAUAUGUCUCAAACAACCAACAGCUCCAAAAAAAUCCUCUUUCAUCCCAAAACUCUCCAAAGAUCACUGAACUCAACAACGACUCUUUAAAGACAAGACCUUGGAAAACUGUCUACUCUGAAAGAUUUAAAGUCGAAAGAAACUGGAGAAAGGGUAUCUUCAAAAUAAAAGAAUUCAGAGGCCAUCAAGAUGGUAUUCUAUCUUUGCAAUUAAACCACAAAAUUUUAAUCACUGGCUCUUAUGACUCAACAGUCAAAAUUUGGGAUAUUAAAUCUGGCAAAUUAAUCAGAACUCUAAUUGGUCACAAUAAAGGUGUUAGGUGUCUAAAAUUCGACGAUUCAAAACUAAUCACUGGCUCUCUAGAUUCAACCAUAAAAGUUUGGAAUUAUCAUUUGGGUACUUGCAUCUCAACUUAUAGAGGUCAUACUGACUCAAUCUUAUCCAUAGAUUCCUAUAAAAAUAAAAUUAUUGUCAGUGGUUCCGCAGAUUGCACUAUAAAAGUCUGGCAUGUUGAAACAAGAAUCUGCCAUACACUAAGAGGUCAUACUGAUUUUGUCAACUGUGUUAAGAUCCAUCCUGCUUCAAAUACAAUCUUCAGUUGUAGCGAUGAUACAACCAUAAGAAUUUGGGAUUUAAAGACAAAUAACUGUAUAAAAGUAUUCCAAGGUGGCUUACGUGGCCAUAUCGGUCAAGUUCAAACUGUUAUACCCUUAACCAUCAAAGAUAAUAUCACCGAGGACAAACCAGACAGUGAGGGUGAAGACGAUGACUCAAAAUCUUCUUCUCAAUUUUCAGUCGACAGCACUUUCAAUAAUAGGAACAGAUUGCAAAUUGAUAAUAUUAACAAUAGUAUUGUUGAUAAUGAUAUGAGCGAAAGCAGUGAUGAAAGCGAAAAUAAUGAUAUUGUUGAUACGGUUAUCCCCAAAGAAUUUCUUGAUAAACUUCCAAGCCAUAUGCUAACUUCUUCUUUAGAUAAUACAAUUAAAUUGUGGGAUUUUAAAGCUAACAACGGAAAGGGAAAAUGUGUUAGAACCCAAUUUGGUCAUCUUGAAGGAGUCUGGUCAAUCGCUGCUGAUACAUUUAGAAUCGUUAGUGGAGCUCAUGAUCGAUUGGUUAAAGUCUGGGAUCUACAAUCUGGUAAAUGCAUGCAUACAUUAACUGGACAUACUCAAAGUGUUACAUGUGUGGAUUUAAGUGAUAGUAGAUUGGCAAGUGGUGAUGAAGCAGGUGUUGUUAGAAUGUAUUGUUUUGAU